GUUGCUGCCCCCACGCUUUUGUCCCCCGCACCCCAGCAGGUCUCUCUCUUUUCGGCGCUGAGAAUGGCCCUUUUCCUACCCGCGGGGCACUUCCCAGAAACCUCGGAUGCCGGGUCCGAGCGCGGUAACCACCCACCCGGACGGAGAAAACAGCUGCGAAAAGCUAGACGCGCCGCUGCGCCCUGGGCACGAGUCGAUGCAGAGUUUGAAAAACUUGUCUGAGCGCGCGCCAAACUAAUCUUUUUUUUUUUUUUUUUUUUUUUUUUUUCCGUAAUCCUACUUCCCCUUUCGAGCCCAAGAGCCGGGCGUACCCCGAGCUUUCCCGCAGGUGACAGCGCCCGAGUGGCAGUGACAAGAGAAAGCCGUUUCCCCCUGAACGCAGUUCUCUGGGACCACCUUCUUUUGGCUUCAACCUCUCCUACUCUUGACAUCUGAGUAGCUCGAAGGGAAGCUUCUCCAGGUCCGAGUGUUUAUAUGUAAAGGAGACUGGCCGCUAGGGCUCCGGACCGGGAUUAUCCGAGCUCUGCAGAAACGGCGGGUAAAAUUUGUUUGGGAGGGGGAAAACACACGGUUUCCAGUGAAAAGUGACAGAGGGUGGUAGCGUUCGGAACCAUCGUGAAGUCUUCUGCCUGGAACCUGAGACGUGCAUGCUAUGGAACACCCGCUCUUUGGCUGCCUGCGCAGCCCUCACGCCACCGCGCAAGGCUUGCACCCGUUUUCCCAGUCCUCUCUCGCCCUCCAUGGAAGAUCUGACCAUAUGUCCUACCCCGAGCUCUCCACUUCUUCCUCGUCUUGCAUAAUCGCGGGAUACCCCAACGAGGAGGGCAUGUUUGCCAGCCAGCAUCACAGGGGGCACCACCACCACCACCAUCACCACCACCACCACCACCAGCAGCAGCAGCACCAAGCUCUGCAAACCAACUGGCACCUUCCGCAGAUGUCCUCCCCCCCGAGCGCGGCUCGUCACAGCCUCUGCCUCCAGCCGGAUUCGGGAGGGCCCCCGGAGCUGGGGAGCAGCCCGCCGGUCCUGUGUUCCAAUUCUUCCAGCUUGGGCUCCAGCACCCCGACCGGGGCCGCGUGCGCGCCAGGAGACUACGGCCGCCAGGCGCUGUCACCCGCGGAGGCGGAGAAGAGAAGUGGCGGCAAAAGGAAAAGUGAUAGCUCAGAUUCCCAGGAAGGAAAUUACAAGUCAGAAGUCAAUAGCAAACCCAGGAAGGAAAGGACAGCUUUUACCAAAGAGCAAAUCAGAGAACUUGAAGCAGAAUUUGCCCAUCAUAAUUAUCUGACCAGACUGAGGCGAUAUGAGAUAGCAGUGAAUCUGGAUCUCACUGAAAGACAGGUGAAAGUCUGGUUCCAGAACAGGAGAAUGAAAUGGAAGAGAGUAAAAGGAGGACAACAAGGAGCUGCUGCUCGAGAAAAGGAACUGGUGAAUGUGAAAAAAGGAACACUUCUCCCUUCAGAGCUCUCGGGGAUUGGUGCAGCCACCCUCCAGCAAACAGGGGACUCUCUAGCAAAUGAAGACAGCCACGACAGUGAUCACAGCUCAGAGCAUGCACACUUAUGAUACACAGAGAGGAUUGGCUCCCUUCUCAGGAAAGAAAUGUUGUGAUGGCAAGCCUUACUCAAACAUCGUUUACACAGAGAGAACACUAGGACAGUGAUUUUUUUUAAUAUUAUUAAAUUCAGGCAUCUCCAGUCUGUUUUUCAUUUUCUGAUUUAUAAAGGGUUUACACUAAGUGCCGCUUAUGAAAGAUGCUUCCACAGUGAAGAUGGAAGUGAACUUGCUUAGACUAUUCCAGAUGUGUUGGUCGUGUGUGUGACAGUAAGCAGGUCUGUUUGCUUUUGCUUGCACUGAAAAUUAAAUUGCUAUCAAGAGCAAACUAUGAGACAUUUUAAUUCAAGAUGCCUCCAGAGUGAAGAUGCAGAAGAUGAACUUGCUUUGAACAUUCCUGAACAUUCCAGAUGUACAAGGUCAUGUGUAUGACAGUGGGCAGGUAUUUGCUUUUGCUUGCACUGACAAUUAAAUUGCUAUCAAGAAUAAACCAAUGAAACAUUUUAUCCUGAAUAGCCACAGUGCCUGAAAUCACUCUUAAGUGGAUAAAAAAUGUAUUUUAACUCUGUAUAUAUUACCCUUAAGUCAUUUUCCUGUCUUCACUAAGUUUAGCGAUGCAUUCAUAUUAGCUGAUGAAAACAGGCACUCACGAUGACAACCAGAACCAGCUUCCUGUCUGUUUAUACACUUUGUCAUCCCAGAAACAAUCAGCACGUGCUUACUUGUGUUCAAGUAGAGAAAAAUACAUUAGAGUCUGAUAGGACAUAUUCUUGUACCACAGACAAAACAAAUCUUAUGUUGCAUUUUCUAUCAACUGCUGCUAAUAUGUUAUUAUAAAACUUACCUAGCUCCUCAAUUCUUCCUAUCUUAUAGCUUGACAAAAAAUUUAGGAUCAUAGGCAAAUCAGUUAACUUACAGAAAGAGCUUUGUAUGACAGACUUUGUCUGAUUUUGUUUCUUUAAAAUGCUAGCUGUUAUAUGAUUUAAUUAACACGAAAAAGGUAUCCCCUUGAUUGGUAUUGGCAUUAGACAAGUUGCAAAGAAAAAUUGAUUCCUCACGUUGGUAGAAGAUAAAAUUCUGAAUGUCUUCAAAUGAGAUUCAGUAAAAACAUUAUUUUUUCAUAUAUGAUGUAUUCAUGCAGAACAACAAUCUUUGUAUUUUGUAAAAAAAAAAAGGUGUUUAAUAAAUGAUCCUUUGUAAAUAAUUUUGGUCUCCCUACUGUGAUUUCCUAAAUUUUUACACGUUUUAAUGUAAAUACUUAAAGUCCCAAAUUCAUCUGCACUUAUGUAUAUCCAGAUGAUCGUAAUAAAUGAAUCAUCUAUA